GGUCACGCCGGGCGCCGCGGAGCCUACUGGGAACGCUGUGCAAAAUGGCGGCGCCCAGUUUGCGCGGCCGCCUGGCGCGGUUUGGGACCCCAGGGAAACCUAUCCUGAAACCCAACAAGCCUCUUAUCCUAGCUAACCGCGUCGGGAACCGACGGCGAGAGAAAGGCGAGGCAACCUGUAUCACGGAGAUGUCGCUGAUGAUGGCUUGCUGGAAGCAGAAUGAAUUCCGCGACGAGGCUUGCAGGAAAGAGAUCCAGGACUUCUUCGAUUGUUCUUCCAGGGCUCAGGAAGCCGGAAAGAUGAGAUCAAAUCAGGAGACUCUGGGACAGUCUGAGAGCUUACCUCCCCACAAGAUGACCAGGUUGUUACAGAGAUUUCCUAACAAAUCUCACCUCAACUGAAAAUGGAGAAGCAUUUUCAAUGAACUCUCAUUUCUGAAAGCUGUACAGAGGCAUGUUAGGGAUGUUUUAUUUGCAUCCCUAUGCAUUUUUGAAGGGCAAAAUGAGGUAAAACACUUCAUUUUGCUCGUGUGAAUGAGUCAUGUUC